AUGCAGGAAGAAGCCGUCCUUUACCACCCGACGACCGCCUACCCGUUCUUCCUCUCUGCAAAGCGCUAUUGGCUGCCGGAAUUCAAGGAAAAUGAGCAAGACCCGGAGGCACUGACGCUCCUCUUUCUGCACGCUACGAGCUUCCACAAGGAGACAUGGAUGCCCACUCUCGAGGCGAUCUUCAAGCUGGCCGCGUCCAGCGGGAGUUCACUCAAAAUCCGUGAAGCAUGGUGCUUGGAUUGUCCGAAUCAUGGCGCUUCUGGCCACGCAAACGCCAAUAUUCUCCUCCAACCCGAGUUUUUCCUCAACUUCUCCUGCGAACGGUACGCCCAAGGAAUAUACCACUUUCUCUCUAUGGGCCCCGAACAAGGCGGGAAAGUGGAUUUCCGGAAGAGAAACUUGGUGGGGAUUGGCCACAGUCUAGGUGGUGUUGCGGUCACAUUGCUACAAGACAUCGAGCCACACUUCCCCUUCUCUUCCCUCGUCCUUCUCGAACCCCUCAUCAGCCCCGCUGGUGGGCAGCAUCUCAUCAAGCUGCGCGAGCUGCUUGUCAAAGGCGCCUAUGAGCGUCGAGAUGUGUGGCCAGACCGCGAAAAAGCACUGGCGGCCCUCAAAACCCGCGACCGUACCAAAAAAUGGGAUCCUCGCAUCCUCGAAAUCUUCGUCAAGUACGGCAUUGUCGAGCACCCGGGGAACCAGUACCCCGAAGGGAGGUACCCUGGCGUGACGCUGGCGUGUACACGAGACCAAGAAGCUGCAAUGUACCGUGACCCAGACGGCGCAACCAAGCCAGUCGAGACGCUCAAACGGCUGUGUCGCAUAAUGCCCGUCCAUCUCAUCCUCGGCGGAAUCGCCGACUUCAUACCAAAGCGGGUCCACAAAGCCAUCAUCGAGAGCCAGCCAUGGGCAUCUGUCGACGUUAUAAAGGAUGCCGGCCAUCUGAUUGUCCAAGAGAUUCCUGAAACCCUGGGCAAGUCGAUAUUCACGGCUCUCCAGGCCUCAAAAGUACGGAGUCGACUGUGA